UGGAAACUGGAGCUUCUCACUUCCAACGCUACUACAACUUUCUAGUAAGCACCAGCACCAGCACCAGCACCAUCACCAUCACCAUCACGCUCUGCUUUGAAUCUGCCUCUUCUGCCAUAUAUAUAGAAUAGAGAUUCGGUAGGUACCCUGUUAACGGAAAUGGAGUGGAAUCUGGGGGAUCACCCGAAGCUGCCAAAGGGUAAGACCGUUGCAGUGGUGGUGUUGGAUGGGUGGGGUGAAGCUCCUCCCAAUCCCUACAAUUGCAUCCAUGUCGCCUCCACUCCCACCAUGGAUUCUCUCAAAAAGGGUGCCCCCGACAGGUGGAGAUUAAUUAAGGCUCAUGGACCAGCCGUAGGGCUUCCGACUGAUGAUGAUAUGGGAAACAGUGAAGUUGGUCACAAUGCUCUCGGUGCUGGACGCAUAUAUGCUCAAGGAGCAAAGCUUGUUGACCUUGCACUUGCCUCUGGAAAAAUUUAUGAAGGAGACGGUUUUAAGUACAUUAAGGAAUGUUUUGAAACCGGUACAUUACACCUCAUUGGUUUACUGAGUGAUGGGGGUGUUCACUCCAGGAUUGAUCAGUUGCAGUUGCUACUGAUAGGUGCUAGUGAGCGCGGGGCUCAGAGAAUCCGAGUCCACAUACUUACUGAUGGCCGUGACGUGUUGGAUGGUACAAGUGUAGGCUUUGUGGAAACUCUUGAGAAUGAUCUCGCAAAUUUACGGGAGAAAGGUGUCGAUGCCAAGAUUGCAUCUGGUGGUGGUCGAAUGUAUGUAACAAUGGAUCGUUAUGAGAAUGAUUGGGAGAUUGUUAAGCGUGGAUGGGAUGCACAAGUUCUAGGUGAAGCGCCAUACAAAUUCAGGAGUGCUGUUGAGGCUGUUAAGAAACUGAGAGAGCAACCUGAUGCUAAUGAUCAGUAUUUACCUCCUUUUGUAAUUGUUGACAAAAAUGGGAAGCCUGUGGGCCCAAUUGUGGAUGGCGAUGCAGUUGUGACUUUCAACUUCCGUGCAGAUCGCAUGCUUAUGAUUGCCAAAGCACUUGAAUAUGAAGACUUCGAUAAAUUCGAUAGAGUUCGGUAUCCAAAAAUCCGCUAUGCUGGAAUGCUUCAGUAUGAUGGAGAGUUAAAGCUUCCUAGCCACUACCUUGUUUCUCCUCCAGAGAUAGAGAAGACUUCCGGUGAAUAUUUGGUGCAUAAUGGUGUCCGAACUUUCGCUUGCAGUGAGACCGUUAAAUUUGGUCAUGUUACUUUCUUCUGGAACGGAAAUCGGUCUGGGUAUCUUAAACGAGAAAUGGAAGAAUAUGUGGAAAUUCCAAGUGAUGUUGGAAUUACAUUCAAUGUCCAACCAAAGAUGAAGGCUUUGGAGAUUGCUGAGAAGGCCAGGGAUGCUAUACAUAGCCACAAAUUCCACCAGGUACGGGUUAAUCUGCCAAAUGGUGACAUGGUGGGUCAUACAGGUGACAUUGAGGCCACUGUUGUGGCUUGUAAAGCUGCUGAUGAUGCUGUGAAGAUAAUCCUUGAUGCCAUCAAGGAGGUGGAAGGAAUAUACGUUGUCACUGCCGAUCAUGGCAAUGCAGAGGACAUGGUGAAGAGGAACAAGAAGGGGGAGCCUCUUCUCGACAAGAAUGGCAAUGUUCAAAUACUUACAUCUCACACUGUCCAUCCUGUGCCUAUCGCGAUUGGAGGUCCCGGAUUGCCGCCAGAGGUGAGAUUUCGCAGAGAUCUUCCCGAUGCUGGGCUGGCAAAUGUGGCUGCCACCGUGAUGAAUCUCCAUGGCUUUGAGGCUCCUACUGACUACGAGCCGACUCUUAUCGAGGUUGAUGGUAAAUAGGUCUUCAAGCACUAACAGUUUUGCUUGCUUUGUGGAUGAAUGCUACAGCUUUGUGUUACUUGUUUCAAGUUAUUUGAAGUUAAAUUUCUUCCUCUCUCUUUGUCUGUGACAGUUUUGUUUUGUUAUUAAGAAUGUCUCUGCUUGGAGUCGCAAUGUGGUUGCUCUAACUUUGAUAUUUUAUUUAUU